UUCAUAUAGCACGAAAACUGGCAUGACCCCCAUUACAGCGUGUAUGUACAAGGGCAAAAUACAUCUCAUAGAACAACUAGUCCAGUUGGGAGCCGAUAUCAACAUGAAGGAUAUGAAUAACUCAACCGCCAUCCAUUAUGCGGCUGCGACACAAAAAGAAGAUACUGUGGAGCAAAUUGUUUUAAUCGGAGGGGAUGCUGUGACAAAAGGCGGAAAACUGGAUCAGCUUCCUCUUCACAUUGCUUGUUCACGGUUAACAGCUGCGUUUCCUAUCAUACGGUUUUUAAAAAUGGUCUCCGGGGAAGAAUCUCUGGAAACUGUGGAUAAUGAGGGAUACAUCCCAUUAUUUAGAUCGGUGGAAAGAUCAAGUGCCCGGGCAGUGAAGGAAUUGCUGUCCAGUAAUACUACAGCGCAACUAACAUAUCAUAAUGCUAAAAUGGAUGGGGAUACGGUUUUACAUUUUGCACUUCGACUGGGCCAGACAGACAUAUUCCGCAUCCUUCUCGAAGCGGGAGCGCCUGUCAAUGAAAUGAAUAUCUUGAAUCAAACAUUGCUUCAUGUGGCCGUUAUUAUGAAUAAUGUUCAAGCCAUAACACAUCUCCACGAAUUCCAUGCAAAUGCUAAUUUGCGAGAUAAAUAUGAUCGCACUCCUCUACAACUGGCGGUCGAACGGGGAUCCAGCACUGUUAUCGACCAACUUAUAACGCAUUAUCCCGAAUCAAUCCAUGUCCGGACAGAAGACGGAAGUACUUUGGCGCACAUUGCGGCUUUGUACGGUCACGCAGAAACGAUGGUGACGCUGCUAAAGCGUGGCGUGUAUCCGCAUAUGCCUAAUAAGUCCGGCGCAUUAGCGCUCCACGCUGCCGCACGAGCAGGACAUGCUUCGGUCAUUCAGUCCAUUUUAUCCACCCGAAAUGCGUUCGUUGAUGCAAAGACCAGAAAAAACUACACGGCUUUACAUUUAGCCGUGGAGUUUGGAAAGGUCAACGUGGUGGAGGUACUCCUGGGAGCUGGAGCAUCUCCGCAUACGAAAGGCGGUACACAGGGCGAAACGCCGCUGCACGUUGCGGCAAAACUGCCAAAUGGCGUCCUGGCGGCUGUCAGUCUAAUUAAAUCGGGUGCCAAUGUUAACGCAAAACUGGAUAACCAAGAUACUCCACUACAUCUCGCUGCACGGGCGGGAGGCAAGGAAAUGGUCAGAAUACUUCUGCAAGAAAAGGCCGAUUCUGUGGCAAAAAACUUUAAUGGAGAAACACCAUUCCUCCUGGCAUGCCGAUCGUGUCAUUAUGAAGUGGCAAAAAUAUUGAUCGAGCACCUAACUGAACAUUUUGGAAAGUAUGAGGCCAACGCUGUUGUUGCCGCGGCAAACAAGGAAGGGGAAACCGUAAUGCACUUCGUUGCAGAAACAAACCCUGAAAUGACCCAUUUUCCGGAAGAACACAUUAAGUUGCUGCAUUUAAUUUUAGACCACCAUGCAAACGUUACAAAUCAGACCAGGCUGACGUUCGAGACCCCGCUGCAUUACUGUGCUAGAAAUGGGAAUUCCCAGAUGCUGGCGGUUCUCCUAGCCAAUCUUGAUCCCGAUGCUGUUCAGGCGGCUAUUAACCGACAAACAAAGAAUGGGUGGUCGCCGCUCCUGACUGCAUCCGAGCGUGGAGACGCGGCCAUUGUCAAAACCCUAUUACGAAAUCAUGCAAGGACAGACAUUUUUGACGAGACGGGAAGGACUGCUUUGCACAUUGCUGUUGAAAACGGCCACUUGGAGGUGGUUGAUGUAUUAGCAAGAAAAAAGGCAUUCAUAAAUGCCCGCACUAGAACUGGAGCUACACCUUUACAUCUGGCAUCGAUGAAAGGUUACGAAGAUAUCGUCCGGCUUUUGGUCGAAAAGUAUGCGGCUUCCGUUGACGCAAACACCAAUGACAUGAAACAUCCGCUACACUUCGCUGUUCAGUAUGGAACUGUGAAUGUCUGCGAAUGUCUGCUCUCCCUCAAUGCGGACCCUUUGGCGAUGGAUAAUAGAGGUAGCACAUCCUUGCAUUUGGCGGCGGAGUAUAAUAAGCCGGGAAUCAUCAAACUGUUUUUAAGCAAACUGGCCGACCGAGAUCCUUUAUCGUUGCGAGAUGCAAGAGGUCAAACUGCUGCGAUAAUUGCUGCAAAAAAUGGAUGCACAGCCGUGAUCGAAGAACUGCUGUCAUUUGAUAAGAAUGCCGUAAUAAAUUCUCUGGAUGCGGAUGGAAAUACCGUUUUUCAGCUAUCUGCUACCGGUGGUCACACAGAACUUCUGCAACUGCUAAUGGACCACGGCAUCACCGAUACAAGCGAAAAUACGGAUGGAUUGAAUGCAUUCAGUUUAGCGGCCAAAAACGGACAUCUGGAUGCAAUGGCGAUACUUUACCAAGCAUUCUCACCACAGGCCACCAGUAUCAAGAAUGGAUAUAAUGCUCUACAUCUAGCGGCAUACUGGGGUCAAACGAACAUCAUGAGCGAACUCCUUCCGGUUGUACCAGCGGGAACUCGUUCAUCCGUCCCCGCUUCCAAGACAACCAUUGGCACCGAAACCGGAGCCGAAGCCGGCUUGACCGCUCUGCAUCUGGCAUGCCGAGCCGGACAAGACGAGGUGGUACGAAUGCUGUUAAACUAUCCCGGCGCGGAAAUUGAUGCGGUAGCUGAAGGGUCUGGAUAUUGUCCUUUACAUAUGGCAGCCAUUAAUGGGCACGUAAACGUUGUGGUUCUUUUGCUUACCCGAUCGGGGAUCGAUUUGGAUGUUAAGGACAAAAAAGGUCAAACGCCACUGAUGCUGGCCAGCUUGAACGGACGACUGGAGAUGGCGACCUUACUGAUAUCACAAGGCGCACAUCUGGACGUUAGUAAUGAUGAUGGAUGGACGGCUCUGCAUUGUGCUGCGGUUGCCGGAAAGGGCAAUAUAGUCAACCUGCUAUGUGCUCAAGGUGCAAACGUGUCAGCAUUCUCCAAAGAUAAGAAAAUUCCCUUGUGUUAUGCGGUGCAUUCUCAAGUUCAUGGCAGUGUCAACUACGAUCCUAAGGAAAGGCUGGAUAUUGUUUAUCAACUACUGAAACAGAAAUACGACAGCUAUCAUCUUUUGGACGAUAAUGUAUUUUUGACGGAUCUCAUGCUAUGUGCCAAACCACAGCCCGGUGGAAAGCCACUGUAUGAUUUUAUGAGAUAUUCCCUUUGUCCCGUAGAAUUCGCUCUCAAAUUAGCCAACUUUUUCCGAGACCAAUCUGUGCGGGACAAACUGAAUGCUGUUGACCUUUACCAAGCGUCCGAUUUCUGUGAACAAACCGCCGGGAAAUUUCUUUCCUUUGCUUGCUUGCGAUUCGAUAACAGUGAUCUGUUAAGUGCUGUUGAUCGUCACAGUGCGACAUUGCUGGAGCUUAUAGUGAAUUUUGGCCAUAAGAAAGUGGUGGCGCUUCCGGCCGUUCAGGCCCAUUUGGGUCGUUUAUGGUACGGCGGAACGCCGCUGCAGAAAUGGCAGAUUGUAUUGAUAUUUUUAAUGUUUCUCUGUUUUCCGCCCCUCUGGCUAAUUUUCUCCAUUCCCUGCAAGUUUCCAUUUAGCAAAACUCCUUUUCUAAAGCUGGUCUUACAUAUUACCAGUGACCUUUACUUUAUCAUACUCUUCGUACUGGUCUUUAUGACACCCUUUCAGCCGCUGUAUGAAAGAAAUGACCUGAUGCCACUGCCGGAAGAGUGGCUGCUGUUGUUGUGGCUGUUUGGAAAUUUUGUAGCGGAUAUUGUAACGCAUCAUAGUGGGCGAGGUUUGGAAACCAGUAAAGUCCUCAUCCUGGUUUUCUCGUUGCUGGCCAUCAUUAUCCAUGUCGCAGCGAUAUUUGUAGUUGAUGGACGACAUGUGACCCUGCUAUAUGUAAGGUCACAAUUACUAGCCACUGCUUGCUUCUUCGCCGACAUCCGCCUGUUAUCAUAUUUAUCAUUCCAUCAACUUUUCGGCCCAUUCGGUGUUAUGUUGGGAGAUUUGAUGAUGGAUGCAGCACGAUUUUUAGUUUUAUUAUCCUUGUUCAUUGUCGGCUUCACCUUCAGCUUUUCCGCAUUGUAUGAAUCGGUAAUUCCGGCACCGGCUGGUGAACACGGAUCCGGAGAAGGUCACGCCGAGUCUUUGUCAGAAGAACCGGGAGUAUCAUUUCACCAUAUAGAAAAACGGGAAGCAGAAGCCAGUCAUGAAGAAAGCAAGCUGGUUCCGGGUGAAAACAUCAACAACCUACUGAUGCCGGAUAUGGUGCUGGAUCCCCUGGGAUCCCUGUACUUCAUGGGCCUAAACUUCUUUCUCUUGAUUAACCGUUUUGACCACGCUGAGCCGGAAAAGUGGUACCCAAAACCGACCAGAAGUCCAGCGUUCGCUGACUAUCUAACAUGGGUCGUCAACGGAGCAUAUUUAACCGCGGUGAUUAUUGGUUUGUCUGAAAUUGCAAAGCCGCGUGCAGAUCCCUUUGUGCGACAAAAGCUAACCGACGUAGUACCAUGGUCAGAAACCAUGGACGCGUAUGAGAAGAAAGGAGAAGACUUUGGAUUAUCGGAUGUGGAUGAAUUCCAGCACGUUGACGAAGAAUAG